CAGUCGCUGCACCGGCACCGGCUCCCGGCAGUGUCCGCCGGGCCCAGGUGCUGAGGGCUCUGCUGGAGCAGCACAACCCCCCUCCUGCCAACACCGUACUGUGCCACCCCCUGCCACCCAAUGCCUGGGAACUGCCUGCCCUUGCCUUGACGGGUGGCAGCAGGUGACACGGGGUGAUGCAAGUCCCCCGGCUGGCGCCAGCACACCCCAUGGCGGUGCCCUUGGCUGCCUGGCUGUGGCUGGUGCGCCUGGCCACCUGCCUGGCUGCUGGGCAUGGCAUGGCUGGCAAGAAGGAGAUCAGCACGGAUGGGGACUUGGUGAUUGGGGGCCUCUUCCCCGUCCACGAGAAAGGAGUGGGGAGUGAAGACUGUGGCAAGAUCAACGAGCACCGGGGCAUCCAGCGUCUGGAGGCCAUGCUCUUUGCCCUGGAUGAGAUCAACAGGGACGGGAGCAUCCUGCCGGGGGUGAGGCUGGGUGCCCACAUCCUUGACACCUGUUCCAAGGACACCUAUGCCCUCGAGCAGUCCCUCGACUUUGUCCGUGCCUCCCUCACCAAGGUGGACGGCUCCGAGCACAUCUGCCCUGAUGGGUCCUACGCCAUCCAUGAUGAUGUGCCCACAGCCAUCACUGGUGUCAUUGGAGGCUCCUACAGUGACGUUUCCAUCCAGGUGGCCAACCUGCUGAGGCUCUUCCAGAUCCCACAGAUCAGCUAUGCCUCCACUAGUGCCAAGCUCAGUGACAAGUCCCGCUAUGACUACUUUGCUCGCACUGUCCCACCAGACUUCUACCAAGCCAAAGCCAUGGCAGAGAUCCUGCGCUUCUUCAACUGGACCUACGUCUCUACAGUGGCCUCAGAGGGCGACUAUGGGGAGACAGGGAUUGAGGCUUUUGAGCAAGAAGCCCGCAUGCGCAACAUCUGCAUCGCCACCUCAGAGAAGGUGGGGCGCUCCAUGAACAAGAAGACCUAUGACGGGGUGGUCCGGGCUCUGCUGCAGAAGCCCAAUGCCAGGGUCGUUGUGAUGUUCACCCGAAGUGAAGAUGCCCGGGAGCUGCUGGCGGCUGCCCAGAGAGCCAACGUGUCCUUCAUGUGGGUGGCCAGCGACGGCUGGGGAGCCCUGGAGAGCGUGGUGGCUGGAAGUGAAGCGGUGGCAGAGGGAGCAAUCACUAUCGAGCUGGCAGCCUACCCCAUCAAGGAGUUUGCUACCUACUUCCUUAACCUCCAUCCCUACAAUAACAGCCGAAAUCCCUGGUUUCGGGAGUUUUGGGAGCAGAAGUUCAAGUGCAGCCUCCACAUGCAGGACUGUAGUCAUUAUUCCCUCAAGACAGGCAAGUUUGAGCCAGAGUCCAAGAUCACGUUCGUGGUCAACGCAGUCUAUGCCAUGGCUCACUCUCUCCACAACAUGCACCAGGCACUGUGUCCCAACUCCACCAAGCUCUGUGACGCCAUGAAGCCCGUCAAUGGCAAGAGGUUCUACAAGGACUUUAUGCUCAAUGUUAAUUUUGAUGCUCCAUUCAGGCCAGCAGACACCAACAGCGUGGUUCGAUUUGACCGCUACGGCGAUGGGAUCGGGCGCUACAACAUCUUCAACUAUCACCGCAUGGGCGGGCGGUAUCGGUAUCAGAAGGUGGGCUACUGGGCUGAGGGGCUCAUCCUCAACACCAGCCUCAUCCCAUGGGCCGAGACCUUCAUCCCUGUGUCCCAGUGCAGUGACCCCUGCAAGAAGAACGAGAUAAAGAGCAUGCAGCCUGGAGACAUUUGCUGCUGGCUCUGCAUCCCCUGCCAGCCCUACGAGUACUUGCUGGAUGAGUUCACCUGCAUGGACUGUGGUCUCGGUUACUGGCCCAACGAGACCCUGAAUGGCUGCUACGAGUUGCCCCAAGAGUACAUCCGCUGGAAGGACGUCUGGGCCAUUGGUCCUGUCACUAUCUCUUGCCUCGGUUUUAUCUCCACCCUCUUUGUUUUUGGAGUCUUUGUGAAGAACAAUGACACCCCCAUCGUGAAGGCCUCUGGCCGGGAGCUCUGCUACAUUCUCCUGACUGGGGUCCUCAUGUGCUACAGCAUGACCUUCAUCUUCAUUGCAAAGCCUUCCACCGGGGUGUGCACGCUCCGGCGCCUGGGGCUGGGCACGUCCUUUGCCGUCUGCUAUUCAGCCCUCUUGACCAAGACCAAUCGCAUUGCCAGGAUCUUCAGUGGGGUGAAGGAGGGGGUCCAGCGCCCCCGGUUCAUAAGCCCCACAUCACAGGUGGUCAUUUGCAUGGCCCUCAUCUCUUGCCAGCUGAUCAUCGUCAUCAUCUGGCUGCUAGUGGAGACCCCCGGCACAGGCAAGGAGACCGAGCCCGACAAGAGGUACAUCGUCACCCUCAAGUGCAACAACCGCGACUCCAACAUGCUGAUUUCGCUCACCUACAAUGUGCUCUUGAUUGUCCUCUGCACGGUUUAUGCCUUCAAGACACGGAAAUGCCCUGAAAACUUCAAUGAAGCCAAGUUCAUCGGGUUCACCAUGUACACGACCUGCAUCAUCUGGCUGGCCUUCCUGCCCAUCUUCUACGUGACUUCCAGCGACUACCGAGUCCAGACCACCACCAUGUGCAUCUCAGUGAGCCUCAGUGGCACCGUGGUCCUUGGCUGCCUCUUCACCCCCAAACUCCACAUCAUACUCUUCCAGCCCCAGAAGAACGUGGCCAGCCACCGUGUGGGCACCGCUCGGUUCAGUGUGGCAGCUGCUGGAUCCAGCCAGUCCCACGGCUCGGCCUCGCAGUACGUGCCCACAGUGUGUAACGGCCGUGAGGUGGUGGACUCCACAACGUCGUCCUUGUGAAGGGCUCCUGCCCGUGGCUGCGCUGCACUCUGGGAGCAGCACCCAUGGCUGUGUGGGGCCAGAGGAAGACAGCAGGCUCAGCCCCAGCCCUGCACGAGCCACGUGUCCCAUGCGCUGUGUCAUUGUACGUGUCACCCUUCCCUUGCACUGAGUACCGUGACACGUCCCUUGUCCCCUGCACUGAUGAGCCCUGGUGAACAUCCCCCCACUCCCUUGAACUGAGCUGUAGUGCACAUCCCCUGUGUCCCCUGCCCUGAGCCCUGGUGAACACCCCCUCAUCUCUUGCACCAAGCCCUGGUGCACAUCCCCUGUCCCCUGCCCUGAGCCACUGAGCCGCAUGUCCCCCCAGCCCUUGCAGCGAGCCAUGGGGCAGGUGUCCGGUGUCACCUGCACCGAGCCAUGGUGCACAUUCCCCCCAUCCCCUGCAGGGAGCCCUGGCCCAUCUCUGCCUGUCCCUUGCACCAAGCCGUGGUCCAAACCUCCCUGGCCCCUGCACAGACGCAGCUCAUCUCUCCCGCCCCGCCCCGAGCCACAGUGGAUGUCCCCCCAGCCCUCGCACUGCAGCCCCCGGCCCUUCACCUGAGCCAUGCUGCACGUGCCCCAUCCCCUGCCCCAGC